GGCGCGCGCUGGUGCAGUGGAGGCCGGUGCGCGUGCGGUGGGCCAGGAUCAUUGGUCGACCGCCCGUGCAGCUCUAAGCCCGCGACCCCGCGUUAACCACAGGAGGCUCCCGUUCUGCUCCCGCUUCCGCCUAGGGGCUAGCCGGGAGGUGACUUCAUGGCAUCGCACCUGAGCUGAGCACUUCGCGUGUGACAGGCCCAGAAAGGCGUUAUCGUUGGUCCUGGGUUCGGGCGACAGACGAUCUAGGAGAUGAGUGAGAAGCCGGACAAGGAAGGGCCAAGGCUCAUGGGAGAUUGUGGCCAGUGCAGCUCAGUAAACAGUUCUGCAACCCCAGCACAACAGGAGGAAGAGGGGUCUCGGGUGGCUGCAGGGCCUGAACCUCAGCCUGGCCUCUACAGCUACAUCAGGGAUGACCUUUUCACCUCGGAAAUCUUCAAGCUAGAGUUGCAGAAUGUGCCUCGACAUGCCAGCUUCAGUGAUGUUCGACGCUUUUUGGGCCGCUUUGGCCUACAACCUCACAAAACCAAACUCUUCGGACAACCACCUUGCGCCUUUGUGACAUUUCGCAGUGCUGCCGAGCGUGACAAGGCCCUGCUAGUGCUACAUGGUGCCCUCUGGAAGGGCCGCCCACUCAGUGUGCGCCUGGCCCGCCCCAAGGCUGACCCUAUGGCCAGAAAGAGGCGGCAAGAAGGGGACAGUGAACCACCUGCAACGCGAGUUGCUGACGUGGUGACCCCUCUUUGGGCAGUGCCCUAUGCUGAGCAGCUGGAGCGGAAGCGUCUGGAGUGUGAGCAGGUUCUGCAGAGGCUGGCCAAGGAAAUCGGGACAACCAACCGCAUCCUCCUGCCCUGGCUGCUCACACAGAGGCACAAGCACAACAAAGCCUGUUGCCCAUUGGAGGGGGUCAGGCCAUCACCCCAGCAGACUGAGUAUCGUAAUAAGUGUGAGUUUCUGGUUGGAGUCGGGGUGGAUGGAGAAGACAACACUGUUGGCUGCCGGCUUGGCAAGUACAAGGGUGGAACAUGUGCUGUGGCAUCCCCUUUUGACACUGUGCACAUUCCAGAGGCCACCAAGCAGGUGGUGAAAGCCUUCCAAGAGUUCAUCCGGUCCACUCCAUACUCAGCAUAUGACCCUGAGACAUACACGGGCCACUGGAAGCAGCUGACUGUGCGUACCAGCCGCAGAGGCCAAGCCAUGGCCAUUGCCUACUUCCACCCCCAGAAGCUGGGCUCUGAUGAGAUGGCAGAAUUGAAGGCUUCUCUGGCACAGCACUUCAUGGAGGGGCCAGGCAAAGCCAGUGGGGUGACCUCUCUUUACUUCAUGGAGGAGGGACAGAGAAAGACCCCCAGCCAGGAGGGCCUGCCUCUGGAACAUGUGGCUGGGGACCGAUGCAUCCAGGAGGACCUGCUAGGACUGACUUUUCGCAUCUCUCCUCAUGCUUUCUUUCAGGUAAACACACCUGCAGCCGAGGUGCUCUAUACAGUCAUCCAGGACUGGGCCUACCUGGAUGGGGAUAGUACUGUGUUGGAUGUAUGCUGUGGAACUGGUACCAUUGGUCUGGCCCUGGCCCGGAAGGUGAAGAAAGUAGUUGGGAUUGAGCUGUGCCAAGAAGCUGUGGAGGAUGCCCAGGUUAAUGCCCUUACCAAUGAGCUAAGCAACGUUGAGUUCCACUGUGGCAGGGCUGAAGACUUGGUGCCAACUCUGGUGAGCAGACUUGCUUCCCAACAACUUGUGGCUAUUCUUGACCCACCUCGAGCUGGCCUGCAUUCAAAGGUGAUACUGGCCAUCCGUAGAGCUGAGAACAUUAAGCGGCUUCUAUAUGUCUCAUGUAACCCUCGGGCAGCCAUGGGCAACUUCGUAGACCUCUGCAGGGCCCCAUCUAACCGGGUGAAAGGCACACCCUUCCAACCAGUCAAGGCUGUGGCUGUGGACUUGUUUCCACAGACACCACACUGUGAGAUGCUUAUUCUGUUUGAGAGGAUGGAGCACCUUAAUGGCAUGAGGGUCCUGGGGCACCAAGACCUUCCACCUGAGUCCCCUGCAGCUCCCUGACAACACAGGAAACAGGCUUUCCUUUCAUCCUGUCCUGGGAGCUGCAGAAACCAGCUCUUCCAGAGCACGGUCAGAAGCUGGGAAAUUCCUUACUGCCCUGCACAUUGCAAGAUGGUCAGGCAAACAAUCACAAGGCUGUCAAAACCAGCUGACCUGUUGUGGUUCUAAAGAAGAGUGGACACCAUGUCUUGUAUUGGAUUAGCAGGACUAUGGAGCUAGAAUAAACAAUUGAUGGAUUCA